AUGUCUAGACUCACGGUUUUGGCUUUGGUGUUAUGGUCCCUCCACGUCACAGCAAAUGUAGAAAAAGUCAUAUUCACUGCUCCAGACGCGCAGCCAAAAAUACAGGAUGCCAGUCUUGACAACCUUUUUCUGACGACACUUUCCGAAUCGUACCCCUCUGUUCGAACAUAUAUCAAUGCCAGCUUCCCAACUAAUACAUCUACCAAAGGAACUGAAUCUUGGUUUCUACUCGAUGGGCUCGUUCCUCAUCGACGCUACGAAGUCAGAAUAUGCUGGGCAGCCACCCAACCAACUUCAUUUUGGCUCGACACCUAUAUGGUGAACACUGCAUUCUCUGAUGCAUCUCUCAUAUCAUCUUUGAGCACUUAUUCAUACUUGAGACAUGAUCAGUUGACUUCGAAAGAUGUUCAAACCCUGAAAGAUCGCCAGCACAAGCAUGAUCCCAACCAAGAGACGACCAUUCUCUUCCUGCAGAUCUUUGCUGCAGCAGAUUAUUUUAGUCUGAACCAGACUCUCAUGGAUGUUGUGCCUCCGGUGGCAAUCGAUCUCAUAUUGGAUCCAUAUGUCUUCAAUGUUCUUCCCAAGUCAUUGAUCCCAACUGGUCUUUACCUUGGUCUAAUCGGAAUUUUUGCCUGGUUUGCAUCUAGCUGGAUCUUGCGGCAUCUGUUCUCAAACAACAGUAGUGCCAUUAUUCCCCCCUCCAAAAAAGUAGAUUAG